ACAGUAGAUUUACUUGUGUUGGAAGAAGCUGGAGCACCGCUACUUUCACGCUACUUUUGAACUUUUCUCCACACCCUAGCAGGAGUAUAGGACUGGGAAAGAGGUGCAAGCUGCCAUCUCUCUCUUAAGGUUCCUCAUCCAGAAGUGUAAAAACCUCUAGUUGGGUUCCAUCAAUUAACGCUUUCUUAAUUGCCUCUUUGCCUCCUUGUGCCCUACAGUCAGCUCCCUAGCUCAAGGUUUGAUGUGCUUGUAGAUCACCUUUUACUCCCUUCUUCCUUUUCCCACUCUUUUUGGCUCGUUCUGCUACACCCCGUGUCUUUCUCCAUCUGAAAGAGGACUGGUAGUAGGAAGGGGCCACUUGCUUUUCUCCGGGACUCUGUUCUGGGGAAGAGGACGGAGUAAUAAUGAUCACCGCGGGGUUACUGGGGUCUGACUUGGAAACCCUGGGCAUCUGGGGCAACUUUCAGAACGGCUGUGUGUACUCGGACGUGGCCUUCAGUGAGGGGGAAAUGGGUUUCACCCGGACCUCAGAGCAAUGCCGGUCAGCGUCCUAAGGCUUGAAGUGGCCUCCCAGGCAAAGCAACAUGCGUGCAAAAUCUGCUAGUCCUUCCACAAGAUGGACUGCAUCUUUAACUGAGAGUUCCCGGAGUACUCGGAGAAGAACCUUGUGCAGACUAUGAUCUUGAGGCAACUAUCGAGGCAGCAUGAGAGACGUGGAGGCUCCUACCACAGCCUAGGAACUAUGGACAUCCUAAGGAGACGGGACAAGAUGGAUGAGGCAGACUGAUGUCUCCCUAGAAGAACUUGGGCAAACACUUUUCCUUUGCCCAGUGUCCCAUCAAAGUGGAACAUCCCCCUUUCACCAUCAGGUGCUGCCCUGCAGUGGCUUCAGUCUCAUUGAUGUAGAGAACAACAUCCUACUUCUGCCUCAAUCGAAAAGAUCAAAAAACCCCGACAUGCCAAUAUGACUCUGGACAAAAUGAUGGAGAAGUUCUUGCAACAAAAUAUGGAAACAGAAGAAAAAUUUUAUAGGUAUGAAGAGAAGAGGCUUAGAAUUGAGGACAAGAAUCGAUAAAUGGAACAUACCCAAGAGCUGUGGAUGUUGCAAGUACUGGGACAGAUGUUAGCUGCAGUUUCUUCAACUUGACACAAAGGUCACAGUGCAGAUCACCCAGUUCAUCUCAGAGAGAAAACCAUCCACCCUGUGGAGAGAACGUUAAUUAUAAUACUAUGGCACCAACACUUUCUCCAAUGAUAGUAAAAGAACUGCGCACUGGUUUGGGGAUGCCAAGCUUGUUUCCAGCAGUCUUUCAUGUGACAUCUCGCGGUGAUCUCAAGUGAUCUUUGCAUCUCAAGUUUCGUAUAUCUUGUGUCGUUUAUACACUUUAAACUAUUAAAAUCAUGGGUCCCAAGCGUAGUGCUCCUUAUGGUGCUAAAAGUAUUCCCAAGAAACAGAGGAAAGCUAUGAACUUGGAAGAAAAAGUAGAAUUGUUAGAUAUGCUGCGUUCAGGCAAAACAACUGCUGCAGUGGCCCGCCAUUACUGCAUUAGUGAGGCAAUGGUAAAGCAGAUCAAGAAAAAUGAGAAGGAAAUCCGUGCAGCCAUUGCCACAGUUACACCAACAAAUGCAAAGCAUUUGCAUAAAUCCCGAGAUCCACAUCUCUCUCAGGUGGAGAGUGCAACCUUCUUUUGGGUGCAGGAUUGUUAUAAAAAAGGCAUUCCAGUAGACCCUGGCACCAUACGAGCAAAAGCUAAGGCCUUAUAUCAUUUUCUAAAGAAAAAUGAAGGUGAAAAACCUACCUGUACAGAUUUUCAGGCCACUAAAGGCUGGUUUGAAAAUUUUAAGAAAAGGUUUCGCCUAUGUAAUGUAAAAGCAAAAGAAAAGGCUGCACCUGCCCCUCAAAAGAAAGCACCCUCCCGUCAAGAGGCAACUAAGAAAGGUCCUGAAAGCCAGAAGAAAAUGACCGAAGAGAAACGCAGCAUUCAACUUCUUCAUUUCAAGUUAAAUUGCAAAGAUGUACCACAGGUUAAUGCUGUAGAGAAACCAGUUUUGCCACGUAAAAGGUCCUCAGUAAAGAACAUGGAGAAUAUUUUUCAGCUGGUGAGAAAUGUUAUACCCCCUUUAACAACUAAAAAACAUAAAGGACAAGAUGGACGAAUAGGCAUAGUUGGAGGCUGCCAAGACUACACAGGGGCGCCAUACUUUGCAGGAAUUGCAGCCCUCAAAGUGGGUGCAGAUCUCUCCCAUGUAUUCUGUACCAAAGAUGCAGCUCCAGUGAUUAAGUCAUAUAGCCCAGAGUUGAUUGUUCAUCCUGUUCUUGACAGUCCUGAUGCUGUUAAUGACGUUGAGAAGUUGUUACCCAGAUUACACGCCAUUGUCUUAGGACCCGGCUUAGGCAGAGAUGAUACAGUGCUAGAGAAUGCCAAGGGCAUUAUAGAAAAAACCAAAGACAGGGGUAUUCCUCUGAUCAUUGAUGCUGAUGGGAUUUGGCUCAUUACUCAGCAGCCUUCCCUUAUUCAAGACUAUCAGAAGGCAAUUCUCACCCCCAAUUGUGCGGAGUUCAAGCGACUCUAUGAAGCCAUGUUUAACACUUCAGUAGUUAGCAGUGAUCUUCAUGGAUGUGUAUUGAAACUCAGUCAAGCCUUAGGGAAUUUGACAGUUGUUCUAAAAGGAGAGAAAGAUGUUAUUUCAGAUGGUGAAAAGGUGAUCGUGUGUAGUCAUGAAGGAAGCCGUCGAAGGUGCGGUGGACAAGGAGACCUUCUAGCAGGCUCACUUGGAGUAUUAGCACACUGGGCGUUCCUUGCUGGACCUGAAAAAACAAAUGGUCAGAACCCUUUCCUCGUGGCUGCCUUUGGUGCGUGUUCUCUCAUACGGCAGUGUAACAACCAGGCCUUUCAGAAAUAUGGGCGCUCGAUGACUACUACUGACAUGAUUGCCGAAGUGGGGAUAGCAUUCGGCAAAUUGUUUGAAACUUGAAGCAAGGGGAGCAAGAAACAUGGAAGCAAAAUGUCUCUGGCUACAGGAGUCCUUUGAGCAGGAGGCUAUAUGUUAAGUCACGAACCCUCUGAGUGUUAUGGCAGCACAGAUGCUUCUUAUUUUUAAGACUAGGGAUUAAGGUGAUUACCAUAGAUAUUUCUCGAGAAUUUGGAAUACUGGAAGUGUUGGCUGAAAUAAGAUGUAUUUACAAAUGUUCUAAUAAAACUAAACUGAAAGUA